AACCGGACGCUGGGAAUGCAUCGUCGUGCGCAGGUACGCUUGUUUCUCAUGUACUCCUACUCGCUUCGGGUGGCUAGCAGCGGCAGCUCGGGACUAGGCUUCGCGCUCGGCCGGUUCGGCGGUAGUGGACUCGCGGCGCCAGGCUUGGUGUUACCCGCAGCCGCUGCGUCCCGCGGGAGGAGCGUCUCCGCGACGUCGGCCGCCAACGCGCCGGUGCCCGGGGACCAGGGCGUGGGCAUGGAGCAGCCCAAGCAGCAGCAGCCGCCGCCCCGGCAGGAGGGGAAGAACGCCCGCGACGACAUGCACAAGACCACCGGUGGUUCACUCGUGUGUAGGGACGUGAUGACCCACUCGUUCGGGGAGGGUUACUCGACGCGGUCGGACGAGGAGGGGUUCGGAGGGGUCUACGGAGGGAACGAUCCCGUGGAGCACCCCGGCACCGAGAUCCAUCCGAGCCAUCCCGAGUACGACACGUCGCAGGGGUCGGAGGUGAAGGAGAAGGAGAAGGCGCGCAACCUCAAGGACGAGAAGCACGCCACCUAGGCGGAGAUCAAUCAGCCUUUGUUGCAGUCCUAGACUCCUAGUUAUGUUUGCUUAGCGAACGUGGCGUUGCGAGCUAGUUCGCUUCUUAAUUUCGAAUUUAGUGUGCUGUUUUAAGGAGCAUAAUUAGCUGCUACCAGUCUGUUUACUGUCCUGCUGCUUCAUGUACGAUUAGUAAUAUAUUUGCUAUCUGCUAUUAUAGAAACAGUUUUUAUAUUUUUAUGUGUUUGAUCAUCCGUCUAUGGAUUUUUAUAGGCUUAAAAGAGAUAAGUGAAAACAAUUUAUUUAAGGAACCG